AUGAUGAAUACUUCCGCAGUUACAGAAUUUGUCCUUUUGGGCUUCCCUUUUCUUCACCCCAUCCGCAGCUUAUGUUUUUUAGUGGUUCUGGUGACAUACAGCCUGUGUGUGCUAGGAAAUGGAUUCAUCCUCACAAUAGUUUUGAUUGACCAGAAACUCCAAACGCCCAUGUAUGGCUUCCUGUGCAACCUGGCCUUUCUAGAGAUCUGUUACACCAGCAUCAUAGUCCCAAAAUUAUUGCAGACAUUUGUCAGUACAAGGACCACUAUUUGUUACCGUUGCUGCAUGGCUCAGAUUUUUUUCAUCUUCUCCUUUGGUGCCAUUCAACUCUUAAUCCUAACUGUGAUGGCCUUCGACCGCUACAUUGCCAUAUGCAAACCACUUCACUACCCAGUCAUUAUGACUAAGAAAGUCUGCAUCCAGCUGGCCACGGGGUGCUGGCUGGUUGGAUUUGCAUAUAAUUUUUUUGAAGCUGUCCAGCUAUGGACUUUGCCAUUUUGUGACUCUAAUGUUGUUGACCACUAUUUAUGUGAUAUUGGGCCAGUCUUAAGUUUGUCCUGCGCUGACGCCCGUUUGCUUGAAUUUCUGGGAUUGUUGUCUGCAGUCUCCAUUGUGAUCAUCACUUUUUCUUUAAUUGUGGUGUCCUACAUUUUCAUCAUUUCGACCAUAUUGCGUAUUCCUUCAUCAACUGGGCGCAAGAAAGCAUUCUCCACUUGCACUUCUCAUCUGGCAGUGGUUUCCAUUUUGUAUGGGGCAAUUGCUUUUAUGUACAUCCGGCCAAAUGUGCGCUCAUCGUUUCACCUGAGCAAGGUGGUAGCAGUAUUGAAUACGGUCGUUGCCCCCAUGCUGAACCCUUUCAUUUAUACCAUAAGGAAUGUGGAAGUAAAGCAAGCAUUCUGGAGAGCUGUCUGUAAAACAGGAGGGCCCCUCAAGAGAAGUUUCUUAGGAAGCAUGGAUGAUAAGGAGGUCUUAGAAUAG